UGAGAAUCCCGUGGAGUGUGUGUGUGUGUGUGUGUGAGAUCCAUCCAUCCUUCCAUCUAUCCAUCAGUCCCUCCAUCCAGCUCUCCAGCGAGGAGCGCACGAGUCCCUGGUUCCUAGGAGGAUUGUGGAGUAAGGUUUCUGCAUCAGUGCAUGAAGAAGAGCAGAGCUGCGCUCAUGUGCGAGCCGUGCAGCUUGGACUCGGAGUGCGUGUCUCCACCAUGCUACAUGAGCUGGGCGAUGGAGCCUACGAACUUCUACGACAGUAAGCUGACAGGGGACGGGAAAUGUCCCGAGGAGAGCAUCAGCAUUAUCACUACCACCACUAACAACAACAACAACAACAGCAACAACACCAGCACGAGCAGCAGCACGAGCAGCAGCAGUGUUGUGGAGCUGAGCAACGCGCCAGCCAUGUACGACGACGAAAGCGCGAUCGACUUCAGCGCCUACAUCGACUCCAUGUCGUCUGCGCCCAACUUCGAGCUGUGCAACGACGAGCUGUUCGCCGACCUCUUCAACAGCGCCGUCAAGCAGGAGAAGUCAGAGUUCUACCACCACCUGUCCGCGUUCAGCGCGUCCAAGGACUCGAGCUUCCCGAUCAAGCAGGAAACCGACUGGAGCGACAGCGACGCGCCGUCGUCCCUCCCGUCGCAGAUCGAGACGUGCGCGCAGACGUCGGUGAGCAUCCACACGGGACAGCCGACGCCCCCGAGCACGCCCGAGCCCGAGCCCUCGCCAUCCCCUUCAUCCUCCAGCCCUCUCCGCAGGACACUCAAGGAUAAGAGCAAGAAGGCGGUGGACAGGUUGAGUCCGGAAUACCGGCAGCGCCGAGAGCGGAAUAACAUCGCCGUGCGCAAAAGCAGGGACAAGGCUAAGCGGCGCAAUCUGGAAAUGCAGCAGAAGCUGAUGGAACUGAGCGCAGAGAACGAGCGCCUGCACAAGACCAUAGAUCAGCUCACGCGCGAGCUCACGAGCCUCAGACACGUCUUCAAACACCGCGAGACCGCCGACAACCGGUGAUCUCCACCAUCAUCAUCAUCAUCAUCAUCAUGCGCGUUUUUUUUGUUUGUUUUUUUUAAAAAAAAACAUUUUUGGAAAAACAUACCUCACAUGCACGACUCGAAAACUCUGACUGUAGCUACACGUGCAUCAAAUCAUCUGAACUGAAUAUUUUCGUGAAUAUUUUGUGAAUAUUAUAGUUUUUUUUUUUGUAUUCUAAAUUAUUACAGAAAAAAGUCAUAUAUUAUGGUACGUGUUUUAUAAUUCCAAACUUUGUAUUCAAACGUUUGAACAUUUUAUAUAAAGCCUGUAAAAUAAAACUGGAAUAUUGAUAGAAAUAAAAUGAAAUAAGUUUAAAUAUCAA